AUGCGAAUUUUGCAUGACAGCAGAAGAGUAACACGGUUCUCUUUUUUAAUUUCGGUGAAAUUUUUAUUUUCGCGAAAAUUCUGUGGAAAAACGCGUCAAAUCUCCACAUUCAACACAACCUUGCGUCGUUUUUAGUUUCCAUUACACUUUAAUUUCCCAUAAAUGGCUGAUCAAUUGAAGAAUGAGGCAAACGAGUGCUUUAAAAAAAAAGACUUUUCCAAGGCCAUCGAGCUGUAUACCAAAGCGAUUGAAGUCGAGACAGAUGCGAAAAAGUUGGCAGUUCUUUAUGCGAACCGGUCAUUUUCGCAUUUGAAGCAGGAAAGUUUCGGAUAUGCGCUCACAGAUGCUCAAACAGCGAUCAAAACUGACGCUUCUUACUUGAAAGGUUAUUAUCGACGAGCUGCUUCCCUUGUGGCACUCGGAAAGUUCAAACAAGCCCUCAUCGAUUACGAUAUUGUGUGCAAAAGGGCGCCGAAUGACGAAGAUGCCAAAACCAAGUACACGGAAUGCAAUAAAAUGGUCAAAAAACUCGCCUUUGAGAAGGCCAUCGCGGUAGACAAAGUCGAAAAGACGCUGUCGGAAAUGUUCAAAGACUUGGAAUCCAUUGCCAUUGAAGACGAUUAUACGGGACCUAAACUCGAAAAUGGCAAAGUAACGCUUACGUUCAUGGAAGAGCUGCUCGAGUGGUAUCGACAACAGAAAAAAUUGCAUCGCAAAUAUGCGUACAAAAUUCUUUGUGAUGUUGAGACCUAUUUCCGCACCCAACCAACUCUCGUGGAUGUCCCAAUUCCAGAUGAUAAAAAAUUCACCGUUUGCGGCGACAUUCACGGGCAAUUCUACGAUCUCUUGAACAUUUUCAAGAUCAAUGGAUUGCCAUCGGAGGAAAAUCCGUACUUGUUUAAUGGCGAUUUCGUCGAUAGAGGAUCCUUCUCCGUCGAAUGCAUCUUUACGCUCUUCGGUUUCAAACUUUUGUAUCCAAAUCACUUUUUCAUGGCACGCGGCAACCACGAAACAAUUAACAUGAAUCAGAUGUAUGGCUUCACGGGAGAAGUUCUCGCAAAAUACAACAGUACAAUGGCUGACAUGUUCACGCAAGUCUAUAAUUGGCUGCCUUUGUGUCAUUGUCUGAAUAAGCGUGUACUUUGCAUGCAUGGCGGAUUGUUUUCGGGUGACAAUGUGAAGUUGGAUGACAUCCGAAAGAUCGAACGAAAUCGACAACCGCCCGAAGAAGGCAUUUUUUGCGAAUUAUUGUGGUCUGAUCCACAAAAUUUGCCGGGCAGAGGCGCCUCAAAACGUGGCGUGGGAAUCCAAUUUGGACCCGAUAUUACUCACAAGUUCUUGGCAAACAACAAUUUGGACUAUCUCAUUCGAAGUCACGAGGUAAAAGACUCUGGAUAUGAAGAAGCCCAUGAUGGCAAAUGCAUCACUGUGUUUUCAGCUCCUAAUUACUGUGAUACUAUGGGAAAUUUAGGUGCAUUUAUCACACUCAAUGGAAAAGACAUGAAACCACAAUAUACUACAUAUGAAGCUGUGCCUCAUCCUCCCGUCAAACCAAUGGCGUACGCACAAAACUUGAUGAACCUCAUAUUAUGAACAACGAGCAAAUUCUCUCAAAUGACGACGUGCAUCACGUUGCUUUUUCAAUGGUAUCAAAGAAAUUCCCAGUUACAAAUUGUAUUACUACAGGAACAGAUAAUAAUAAUGAAAUACACAAAAAACCAGUCUUUAAUUAAAACUUCUUUUUUUUCGUUAAUAAUAGUCACGCUGAAGCUUAAUUGUUUGAUAAAAAUAGAAAAAUAAUAUGUAAUUAAUAUUAAAUGUAAGAAUAUUUGCUACUAUUGAAAAGAGAAUUCGAGCAAAAAAGUAAUAAAAAUAGAAUAAUUUACGAAUAAGUGCGCUCAUACGUAGAAAAAUAAUAGACUACAAAAAAUACACAUAGGAGAUUGGAGCAGUUGGUGAAGCAGAAUUUAGUGGUUUUUAGGGGAAAUCGACACAAACAGCACUCGCGCGUAUAUUUGCUAAUUUUGUAAUCCAAAGUAAACUUUAAUAAAGAUAAUAAUGAAUAAAUAAAAAGUAUGUAGGAUGAAGAUCGAUUGUAAAAAAAAAUUGUGAGGCAAAUUAAGAAAACAAUAAAGAAUUGUGACAAAAAAGUAGU